AUGAAAUUGAGUUGCAAUGGUUGUCGUGUUCUUCGUAAAGGCUGCACUGAAGAUUGCAUCAUCAAGCCUUGCCUUGAGUGGAUUAGCUCUCCUGAAUCUCAAGGCAACGCCACCCUCUUCCUUGCCAAAUUCUUUGGCCGAACGGGCUUGCUAAACCUUCUUGCCAAUGCUUCCUAUCAAAAUGCCCCAGCUGUUUUUAGAUCACUAUUGUAUGAGGCUUCAGGUAGAUUGGUAAAUCCAACAUAUGGAGCUCUAGGUUUAUUUUGGACAGGAGAAUGGGGCCGAUGUGAAGCUGCAGUUGAAGCCGUGCUAACUGGAUCAGACAUUAACAAUGUUAUAGCUGUUGAGGAAAAAAUAUCAUCAACUACACCUAUGGCUGAAAAUUAUGUUCUUUCAAUCCCAACAACCUAUGAUAUACGCCACGUGGCAAAAGGCACAAAUGUGGACAUUAAAGAGAAAACUCAAUUCAAGAGAAGUGCACAAGUUUUCAAAACAAAGCGACAAGUUGGUUCUAUCGACUCAGAAACACUUUUGAAAUCUUUUUUAGAAAAUACUAAUAUGAAAACUAUAAAGGCUCCGUUGGUGAAUCAGAUUGAACCGAAUGAAGUCGUUGAUACUCAUGUAAACUUAGAGCUCAGUCUCGGGUUCAAUGGCAAAUCAAAUCAAACAAAAGAGAAAAAAUAG